AUGUCUACUUCCGAAGAACAAUCUACACCUGCUACAAUUACCACACACCCUCUAUCCAAAGAACUUAGGUUGUGGCAGGGCGAAAAGAACCCUCGCCCAGAUGUACACGGCUUGUAUAAAAGACAACUAGAUUGGAGAGCACUCAACUCCAUGCAAAAGGAAGAUAGAGUAAAGUUGGUGAUUAAACGUGCGAACUUUUUCAAUCAUUGUUUUCCACCACCCUAUGCCCUUGGUGGAGCCACCUUCCGCCGGAUUGACAUUAUGCGACGAGAAGCUGCGAAGACUGGAAAUUUAGGCAAGGAAGGAUUUGAUCGACCAGAAAUGAUGCCUCUUGAUAUCCUAAACGCUAUAUAUCCAAGGAGCACAAAGGACCUUAAUUUGAUAGCUUUUCAGUUCGAAGGACCAUUGAAACUUCAAAUUGAAGGAGUCAAAAAAGUCUUUCAAGAGACCAUUGUGAGGUUUGAGGAAAGUGAGCUCUGUCAACGAUUCGAAUUAUUUUUCGAGAAACUAUGCAAAGAUGGAAAAUUCAACAAGAUUGUUGCCUUUGGAACUGGCCCAAUCGCUGUAAUCCAUGCUGGAAGUGCAAGUAUUCGAGUUAGAAAUCAAGUUCAGCAUGCAAGCAUGUUAACAAUUCGACGAGUAUGGGAGCGCUGCAAUCCAGGAAAGAGACUUCCAAUCUACCUCCAAGAUCCUCUGUACAACAACCAUUGCGUAGAAGUUGCAUACGAUCACAACAUGAGAAUUCUCGAUGGUGAUUUUGGCCAUCAAAUGGGUUGGCUCAAAAUCGACCAAUCGACCUUGGUCAUGUCAUUUUCUUGCACCUUCCCUCUUGCACGACUGGUGUCUGAAAUUGCAAGGCCAGCAGCUCUAUACUUCACGGGGGCGAUAGUAGAGGAUUUUACCAAAUUUGAAAAAGAUGAUCCGGCCCGGGUGUUCUCUUCCACACUUGCACUUCCUAAAGGAGGCAGUGUUGAUAUUCCAGGCUUAGGAGCAACCCAGCCAUCUUGGCCGUCAUUUGACAAAGAGUAUAGUGAAAAAUCACUCAAUGUCAAAGGACUACCUGUUGGAACGGAGAAUGAUCCUAUCGAGACACACCCGACAAUCGAAGGGUAUAAAGGUUCCUGUCAUCUCGGAGGUAACCCUAAAUUGUACAUUCGAAAGUAG